UAUAUUAUUAUCAUGGAUAUACGUAUACAUAUACAUAUAUGUCGUAUAUGUACACAUCAUAAGACGUGAAUGAGCUCAGUCGAUAAAGAAUAUUGUGUCAAAGCGCAUUCCUAAGCGAGAAUUUGUCUUGCACGUGUGUCCUAUCGUCUUCACCACUCAAAGCUAUUUUACUCUAAAUAGAAUUUAAGUGUAUCUAGUUUCGUUAAUUUAUUUAUUUAUUUAUUUAUUUUAUUAACACGUCGUUGAUUGUUAUACAAUAUAGUAUUUGUAUUUAUGUAUGCUAUAUUUUUUAUUUUAUUGAAUAAUGACUGUGCUGAUGUGAAAAAUCAGUAGAAUACUAAAAAAAAAUUUUAAGUUCGCCCGCUGGGCAUCUGUGAUAAUGAGGACCACUUGAUAUAUUUUAGUGAAUUGGUAAAAUUUAUUUUGACUAUUUAUUUCAUUUAUUUUUCGCAAAUAUUUAGUGCAUGAUGAAUAACAAAAAAGUAGAAGCAAAUUGUAAAAAUGGACCGGAGAGCAAGCUUUUGUUGGAUAACUCGCGAAUGGUGGACAGUAAUAAUUUAAAAACAGCGUCGCCGACAUCACUACGCGGUAUUGAUGAUAUUUUUCGCGACCUACCACUAACUGAUGACACUUCCUGUGGUAUUGGACUUUUUCGUGGUCCAAAUUUACAAAAAUUUGCCAAUAAAAAAGCUUACGUAUUUCUUUACGGUGUCCUUGGAUGCAUAUUCAGUGCUAGUUAUGCUUAUUUCAAUGGUACUAUUACGACUAUUGAGAAGAGAUUUAAAAUUCCGUCAAAGACCACUGGUCUCAUUACUGUUGGGAAUGAUAUUUCUCAACUGUUUGUGUCAAUUGUCUUAUCUUAUUAUGCUGGUCGUGGGCAUCGACCUCGGUGGAUUGCCGUUGGUAUUUAUACGGUGGUGAUAUUUUGUUGUCUCACAAUGCUUCCACAUUUUUUGUACGGCCCGGGCGAAGACGCGCUUUUAUUGACCAAGGAAUACGGCGGGCAACCGCUAAACUCAUCGAAUAAUAGCAACACGAAUUGGAGUGGGAACCGCGAACUAAAGUUUCUAUGUCAAGCUAAGGAGAACCGUACAAAUAUAUGUGAUGACUCUCACGGUAACUUCGCACCGCAAGCACUCCUUUUUACAGCUCAACUUGUUUCCGGGAUUGGCGGCUCGCUAUACUACACCCUCGGUGUUUCCUACAUGGAUGACAACAUUAAAAAGUCUAAAACACCUGUCUUGAUAAGCUUUUCUUAUUUUCUACGGAUGCUGGGACCCGCGAUCGGAUACGGUCUCGCAUCAUUUUCUCUUAAAUUUUACAUCAGUCCCACUUUGACACCCUCCAUCACAACUACAGAUCCUAGAUGGUUAGGCGCAUGGUGGCUUGGUUGGAUAAUAUUAGCAAUAUUACUAAUGUUAUUUGCAAGUAUAAUUGCAUUGUUUCCAAAAACGUUGCCACGCGCAGCGGCGCGAAAAGUUUUGGCUUUAGAAAGAAGUAAAUCGACGGCAAGUUAUCGGGAGCAGGAAAGACUUCAAGCGAAGAAAGAAAAAAAAAAUAUUGAUAAUAAUGGUGAUAAAAAUGAUGAUGAUGAUGAUGAUGAUGCUGAUAAUUGCAACAGUAUCGAUGAAAAUGAAAAAAGUCCAGAAGUUCCAGCCUCGUUUGAAGAUAUGAUUAAAACCUUCAAACGUCUUCUGAGCAACAACACGCUGAUGUGCAAUAAUUUGGCGACGGUGUUCUACUUCUUGGGAUACAUGCCCUACUGGAUUUUCAUGCCGAAAUAUAUUGAAACGCAAUACAAACAAUCGGCAAGUGUCUCAUCACUUAUUACUGGGACUGUCGGUUUGGUUUUCAGUGCAUUUGGUAUCCUGUUGUCGGGGUUAAUCAUCAGCAAAUAUAAACCCCGUGCGCGUUAUUUGGCAGCAUGGAAUAUUAUUGUCGGCGCUGUUUCGGUUAUGGGAAUGAUUUCUUACGCAUUUCUUGGCUGCUCGGCAAAUGAUAAUCAGGUUAUGAGUAUUCAAGAUAAUAGCGGUGAAUUGAAAACGCAAUUUCCGUGCAAUGAAAAUUGUAAUUGCGAUUACGUUACAUACAAUCCGGUUUGUUCGGACGAAGGAAAGAUAUUUAUUUCUGCCUGUCAUGCUGGAUGUCGAAAAAUUACGAUAAAUCCAAAUGGGACUAAAAUUUACACAGACUGUAGCUGCGUAAGAACGAGAUACUCGCGCGCUUCAUUAAAUAAAUUGUCAAUAAAUGGGUCAACGUCAAUAAAUUACAGCGAUUAUGGUUCCGAAAUGGGGACAGCGACACCGGGACCAUGUCCGGUUGACUGUAUGCACAAAUUCUAUCUGUUUUUGGCGGUUGUAUGUCUGCUGAAAUUCAGCGGAGCCACGGGACGAGCGUCAAAUUUCUUGGUAUCCGUCAGAUGCGUAGCUGAGAGAGACAAAGCCGUAGCAAUGGGAUUCGGAUUGACGAUAAUGAGUCUCUUCGCGUUUAUUCCUUCGCCUAUACUCUUUGGCUUCAUUCUUGACAAGACUUGUCUCGUUUGGGGCAAAACCUGUUCUGGCACUGGCAAUUGUUGGCUAUACAAUGGUGAAGCUCUUAGGUAUUUACUGAAUUUCACGGCUGCAACUUUUGUAACAAUUGGUACAUUAUUUGAUAUCGGAGUAUGGUAUUUUGUGAAAGAUGUCAAAAUUUUUGAUGACGAUAUCGAGUUAGAUGAUGUGAAAGAAGAUCAACAAUGAGAAUCACUGUAAAAUAUAUUUUACCAUUUAUCGGUUAUAUAUAUAUAUAUAUAAAAAAAAAGUGUUAGUCAUUUUUUUUCUUUUUAGAGAAAUUUUGAGUUUUUACUCAGUGACUUUAUCCGUACCUUAAGCAUCUGCUGUUCGUUUUUAUCAUUACCAUCUUAUGAAUUUAUAAUUAAUAUAAUAUUCAAUUAGUGA